AUCUGUGAUGCUCGCAGUUCUGCAUAUGCUACUCUAGAUAUCAAGUUUGAUAAGCAAAUUUGUGCUGUGGCUGAAUGUUCUUUUCACUGAGGAGAAACGUUUAGAAUGUUUCCAUAUUUGCUAUGUUUCAUAACUUAGAUUAGAUCGGGCCUUUUCAACAGGCUGCUGUUUCUUGAGUCGAAAACAUCAGCCAUAUUGUUUUGCAUCUUCAGCUGGGUCUCUGACUUUGUAUACUUCGCUUCUUAUUGGAGUAUUUGGUUUUGGCAAUUCUUAUUUUUAUACUCCUAUAUAUUACUGCACCUAAAGUACUGUAUGUUGCAAGUAGGGCACGUUUGAUUGUGUAGAAAAGACUAGAAACGGGACCUAAUCUAUGCUUUCCCACACGUUAGAUUUGAUGGAAAGUAUUCUCACCAGACCCGGGUUAAUAUUUGUGACCCAUUAAAUUUCAGGUUUGUAAAACGCUCUCCGUGGAUAACCAUAACUCACAACUCUCACGCGAUUCUGGACUAUCCUGAAGGCGACGAACCUGUCGUGCAGUCCACGUACACUAUAUAGAAAUACGCAAUGGCAACUGAUAUGAGCUGGAACGACGCUGCUUCUAAUUCUUCCUUGAAGAAGCCAUGUGAGGAAGGUGGAAGCUCUUGGGACAACUUCAAGAAUCAGAUGAAAGACCACACACACUCCUUCAAACUAGCCUUUCACUCGGUGAAGGAAAAAAUCUCAAUUCCUGCAAACUGGAGUGUAGAUCAAAAUCCAUCUCAUGAAUCAAUGGAAUUGCCAUGGGAACGUGACUUCACCUCAGUUUGUUGAGAUGUCAUCUCUUAAUUUAUUACUAUUUCACUUACAAUUUUCGAUUCUAUUAUUUGUGGAUUGAUUUCUCCGACCAGAAAUUGGAUUUUUAAUCAGUGGAUUUUCAUCAUUGGUUGUGUGAUAUGGAAAAAUUUUAGCACUAAAUUAUUUAAAUAUAGUAUAUUGGUUGAUGAUCGAGAUCCAAAGUAAGAACAAAAAAAGACCAUAAUUACCCUGAACUGGAGCAAAAUUGAAAAUAAUAUCACAAUUAUGUCUUAUAAUGGCAAACAUAAACAUUAGGUUGGUGGUGCAUAUUUAGAAACCUAUAAAAAAAAUUCUCUUUUGGGGUCUAUUCUAAUUUGUUGCGAAGGUAGUAAAAAAGGAAAUUAUGUAGUAUAGAGAGAUAAUUACCCAAAAUUUGUAAUUAACACUGAUUAAGAGUAAAUGAUAGUAUUUUGUAUCAAUAGUGACAGCGACGAAUCCCUAUAUCUCGUAAAAAAUUCCCAUAACUGCAAAAUCAUUUUGGGAGGGAAAUUCAGUUAAUUCGUUGGCAAAAUGAAAAACGAUAAACCCCAAAUUGGAAAACCCCCGCGAAUUUUGAACCUCAACCGCUUCAAGCUUUGCUGUAUAUAUAAACAUACAUACUCUCCAAAUCAACUCAUCUCUUUCACAAAUUCACUUUCCAAAAUCAACCUGCAUUCGAUACAGAUUCUCGCAAUUGCAGUAUGGAUCCCCCAGUUGAAGGUCACGACGCUGAUGCGCGGCCUGCCAAGAAGAAAAGGGGCCGCCCAAGAAAGGAUGGUAGUGGUAGUACCAAUUCCCCAGACCCCUCUCUUUCUCAAUCGACGCCUGCUGCCAUCCCUCUUUCUCAGACUCCUGACAUUCUUGCAAUUCAAGGAACCAUCUUAAAACCCCAUAUCCUUAAGGUUCAAAUCGGAGAGGACAUAGUUUCAAAGAUCACAGCUUUGACAAAAGAAGAAUCAUGGAAAGAUGAGACACUGUGCAUUUUGUCUGCUACUGGUUCAGUCUCUACAGUUGACAUAGGCCAUGACAGGAACUCUGUUAGACUUAACAUUCCUAAGGGAUGUUAUGGCAUACUGUCUUUAAAUGGUAGCUACUCAGUAUCGGAGAGCAGGGAUUGUCAAACUGAGGGGCUGAUGGUGUCAGUGGUCGGGUCGGAUGGCUCUGUAUUUAGUGGUACCGUUGUUGGAACGCUUAUAGCUGCAUCGCCCGUUCAGGUUAUAGUGGGGGGCUUCUCAAAGGCCAAGGGUGGCGGUGGCAGAGGCAGAGGCAGAGGCAGAGGCAGAGGCGGAGGCUCCUCAUCUGAUCCAGCUCCUUCUGAUUCUAGAGCUCCCUCUGCAAGGGGCAGUGGAAGCGGAGGCAGAGGCAGAGGCAGAGGCAAAGGCAGAGGCAGGGGCAGGGGCGUAGGCGGAGGUUCCACAUCUGCAGAGGGCAGAAGAAGCCCCUCAUCUGAUUCACCUUCUUCUGCAGAGGGCAGCGGAGGCGGAGGCUCAUCUGAUCCACCUCCUUCUGAUAUGAGAACUCCCUCUGCAAAGGGCAGUGGAAGUGGAGGCGGAGUCUCCUCGUCUAAUCUACCUCCUCCUGAUUUUGGAGCUCCCUCUAAUCCACCUUCCAAAUUAGGCGGAGGCGGAGGCGGAACUCCCUUUCAUUGAAGUUCCCUCUUCAGAUGGUUCAAGUGAUGAUACCCUUGUGCCAUUGAAGUUGCACAGCUUUACUGUACUUGUUUUUCCAAUGUAAGCAAAUCAUCCAUCGCAGAUACACAGCUUUUUCUUUUAGUUGUUUCGAUUGUAGCAAAAUGCUAUACUUUUCUCAUUGAGAUAUAUCAUCAUUUGUCAAUUUCUAGUC